GGAUGCGUCCGGAAGUGGGGAUCGGCUGCUUAGUGACACGCGGCGUCCCGGAAGUUGCCCGGGUCCUCCGCAAAGUGGGCAGUGGAGGCCGGGCUUGGAUGGGGCGGGGCUCCCUCUAGUGAUCUCCGGCCUCCAAGCGGCGACUUGACCCCGGAAGCAGGGUGUCGGGCUCCGGUGCGGGUGCGGCGGGGGACAGCGUCUCGAGCCUCAGUGUCCGAUUUAUGGUUAGUGAGAUCCUUCCAGAUUCUGGUGUGACCUGUUGAUGUUACUUUUACAGAUAGCAGGAGCUGCAGCAGCCGCAAUGUUUCACUUCUUCAGAAAGCCUCCGGAAUCCAAAAAGUCACCGGUGCCUGAGACAGAGAUAGAUGGAUUUAUCCUUCUAGAAGAUACAGCAAAUGAGCAAAGAGUCGCAGCAAGAGGUAAAAGUUCAGAAGGAGAAGGAGAAGGCAGCCAACUUUUGGAGACCGGCAAAGAAAACUCAUCCAGUGUGACUGUAGCAGGCCCCGAGAUGGAAAAUAAGGCAGGCCAGACUCUGGAAAACAACUCAUUAAUGGCUGAGCUUCUGAGCGACGUACCCUUCACCUUGGCCCCGCACGUGCUGGCUGUGCAGGGCACCAUCAGUGACCUUCCAGACCACUUACUCUCCUAUGAUGUCAGCGAAAACUUAUCACGGUUUUGGUAUGAUUUCACUCUUGAAAAUUCAGUGCUCUGUGAUUCCUAAUUGUAAGUCUGUUUGCACCUUAACAGCUUUAAAACAAAUGUUUGCCUGUUUAACUUGUUUGAUGUUCCUUGCCAUUUCGCUGUUUAAAAACCCUCAGAAAAGCAAGGAUCAUAAAGCAAAGAAAAUAAUAUUAUGUUCAUUGCUCUAUUUUUUAGAAUAAAGUAUAUUUGUAUAAAAACUGAACUUAAGUUCUACUUCCUUUCCUCCAAAUAAUAAAUAUAAAAGUUAGGCUAUCAAGAUUUUAUGAAAGGAGUUGAUUCCGUCAACCGAUCUCUCAAAAUAUAACACCUCAGAGGUAUCUUAGAAGAACUGUGAAAAAGAACUGUGGCAUUUUUCUUAGUUACCACAACUCUGAAGUCUACGCUCAGAGGGAGUGUGAAUUCUCUUCUCUAGUUUGGAGGAAGCUCGAAUUAAUGUUAUUCCUUUUCUUCUUCCACAGUGUUUAUGAAUGAAUUCAGAAAAAAAUUUGCCUGUUAGCUUAACUUCUCCUGUCUUGAUUGAGAGAUUGAUGUGGACAUUUUAAAUUUUUCCUAAAAAGCAGUGGUAGUUUGCUGAUACAAGAAUGCCAUCACUGCUCUGGACGCUGUUUCUUUUGAGUGAUAAAUUUCGGUUUCUGUAAACCCGUGGUAGUCCUUUCCACCUUCAGCGAGUCCUGUGUUCUGCCUUUGUUUUCUGCCUCGUUGCUGCUUCAGAGUGCGCUCUCUCACCAGCUUUCCGAAGAACUUUCCCUGCUUCUGCCUCACUUGGCAUUUGCUAUGUUCCCCAUUUAUGAAGAGAUCGGCAUUUCCUUUCAACCUCUCUGCCUCCUAAAAACAAUCACCCGAUGAUAAAUAUUAUUGCUGAUAACACCCUUAUUUAGAAAGUUGUUGGCCACAAUGCAGAUGGAAAUGUUUUACUUCUAGAAAAACUGAAAUCAACUCAUUUCCAAUUAAAGUGUGGGCAGAACAACUAGAUAGAGCCUUUAGUUCUUGAAUAGCCAUUAUUUAUUUCAACUAAAAGAGAAAAGGACUGCCACUGGUCAAUAAACUGUAAAGGGAAGGUAAAUUGUGAUACAGUACUGACUAUGCCAUGGAAAAUUUAAAUCACACUUGUUUUGAUUAGGAGCAAUACAAUUUAUUAAUUCUGUGCCAAAUUUUAAGUAUAUUUUUCAAAGAUAGAGUACCAUAGCAAAACUAAAUACUGUGCAUAAAGAUACCUGAACUAUUCAAGUUUUAAUGUUAUGCAUGUUGUAUUAAUAAAUGUAGCGUGGUCUUGAUAAAAAUGAUAUAUUACUUAAAAGUUAAAUGAACAUUUCUAUUGACAAAAAUAUGUUUCACUUACAAACAAUGUCACCAUAUGAGGUGAAUGAGUCAAUUAGAUCUUUACAUAGUUUUCACAGAACAUCAGUCUAGGAAAUGUGACUUAUUACUAAUGCAAAUGUGAACGUUUUAUAGCAGUUUUUGUAAAAGCACAUCCUUUUCAAUAUCCGUGUUAAUGUACCUUAAAGCUAAAUGUAAACAUUUCAUCAAUUUGUGUGUUAAAUUUUUCUAAAAUACUCAUACAUUUCAUUUAUAUUUAUGUCUAACAUGUUAUAAAUAUGCAUAUGUGUUUUAAUUUGUCAACAAAAAAU